GCACCUCCCGCCCGCUCCCCCCCCGCGCGCGCUGUCCGCGCGCCCGGCGGCCCCAGGCGCGGGGCAGAUGAAGUACAUCCUGGUCACGGGCGGGGUGAUCUCGGGCAUCGGCAAGGGGAUCAUCGCCAGCAGCAUCGGCACCAUCCUCAAGUCCUGCGGGCUGCAUGUCACCUCCAUCAAGAUCGACCCCUACAUCAACAUCGACGCGGGCACCUUCUCGCCGUACGAGCACGGGGAGGUGUUUGUGCUGGAUGAUGGAGGGGAGGUGGACCUGGACCUCGGGAACUACGAGCGCUUCCUCGAUAUCCGACUCACCAAAGACAACAACCUGACCACUGGGAAGAUCUACCAGUAUGUCAUUAACAAGGAGAGGAAGGGAGAUUAUCUUGGCAAAACGGUCCAAGUUGUUCCCCACAUCACAGAUGCCAUACAGGAAUGGGUAAUGAGGCAGGCACGGAUUCCUGUGGAUGAAGAUGGCAUUGAACCCCAAGUUUGUGUGAUUGAGCUCGGGGGCACUGUGGGUGACAUCGAGAGCAUGCCUUUCAUCGAGGCCUUCCGCCAGUUCCAGUUCAAAGCCAAAAGAGAGAAUUUCUGUAACAUUCACGUCAGUCUGGUUCCCCAGCCAAGCUCAACAGGGGAGCAGAAGACCAAACCCACCCAGAACAGUGUUCGUGAGCUCAGAGGUCUCGGGCUCUCCCCAGAUCUGAUUGUUUGCAGGUGCUCCACUCCACUGGAUACCUCAGUAAAAGAAAAGAUUUCCAUGUUCUGUCAUGUUGAACCAGAACAGGUCAUUUGUGUUCACGAUGUCUCCUCUAUCUACCGGGUUCCUCUGUUGUUAGAGGAGCAGGGAGUUGUGGACUACUUCAGGCACAGGCUGGACCUUCCCAUCGAGAGGCAGCCCAGGAGGAUGCUCAUGAAGUGGAAGGAGAUGGCUGACAGGUACGACCGUCUGCUUGAAACAUGUUCCAUUGCACUCGUGGGCAAAUACACCAAAUUUUCUGACUCCUAUGCAUCUGUCAUCAAAGCCCUGGAGCACUCUGCCCUGGCCAUCAACCACAAACUUGACAUUAAGUACAUUGACUCUGCUGACUUGGAGCCAGACACUCUGCAGGAGGAGCCUGUGCGCUACCACGAGGCGUGGCAGAAGCUCUGUGGUGCUGAUGGAGUUCUGGUUCCUGGUGGAUUUGGUGUCCGAGGGACAGAAGGCAAAAUUCAAGCUAUUUCCUGGGCAAGGAAACAGAAAAAACCCUUCUUAGGAGUCUGUUUGGGAAUGCAGUUGGCAGUGGUGGAGUUUGCUCGCAGUGUCCUUGGUUGGCAAGAUGCGAACUCAACAGAGUUUGACCCCAAAACUUCUCAUCCAGUGGUCAUAGACAUGCCAGAACAUAAUCCUGGGCAAAUGGGUGGGACAAUGAGGCUUGGCAAGAGAAGGACACUGUUCCAAACCAAGAAUUCAAUCAUGAGGAAGCUGUAUGGAGAUCAUGAUUUCUUGGAAGAGAGACACAGACACAGAUUUGAGGUCAAUCCAGAACUGAAAAAGUAUUUUGAAGAGCAAGGUCUGAAGUUUGUGGGGCAGGAUGAGGAGGGAGAGAGAAUGGAAGUGGUUGAGCUGGAAGAGCAUCCUUUCUUCGUUGGUGUCCAGUAUCACCCCGAGUUCCUCUCCAGGCCCAUCAAGCCAUCACCCCCAUACUUUGGGCUCCUCCUGGCAUCUUCAGGGAGACUCACCCACUACCUGCAGAAGGGCUGCAGGCUCUCCCCCAGGGACACCUACAGUGACCGCAGUGGCAGCAGCUCUCCUGACCUGGAGAUAACAGAGCUGAAGUUCCCUUCAGCAAAUCAUGACUGAUUCCUGGUGUGUCCUUGCUGCAGAGAGGAGUCUCCAUUAGGUUUUCCAGGUGUUCUUACAGCAGUAGCUUCAACACCCUCAGCUUUGGGCUUUCCUAACUUAAGGGUUUAUAAUUUUCAUUCUGAGAUCCCAUCUCUUACUUCCUCAGCUCUUCUGUCCUUCCUUUAUUUUCUAUAUAGAUCUUGGUUAUCUGUGGAGGAGAGCAACCAGAGGCCCCUCAGACUUCCUUCAGUUGCACCAGCUUGGAGGGCAAAGCAAACUGGGGUGUGGGAUUUGCUGUGUUGAGGGGAAUCCCAUGGCACACAUCCUUCCCAGUGCAGGGAGUGCUCAGGCACUUGGACACUGACAGUGGAGUUGCUUUCUCCAGUCUUCUUGCUCCCUCCUCAGUCUUUCCUUACUGAUGAAAUUAUGGAUGGCACAAGAUUUGGGGGCUGGCUUAGUGUCUGAGCUGGGCAGCUUCAUGCAGCCUUCUUGGUUUGGGUUUUUUAUUUUUUUCAGGGAAAAGGGAUGAUAUUUGGUUUAUUUUUUUUUUUUUUCAGUAGCAUUUGCAAACCUUUGGCACCGGUGCUCUUGGUGCAUUCAUUGCCAUUAUGAAUUUGUAACCAGGAAGAUCUUCCUGGAACAGUGUUAUUCUGGAGCUCUGUGUCACUGCAGGGAUGUGAUGGGAUCAGGUUGGGGGAGCAGGAGAAGGAGGCUGCCAGGGAAACCCUGACCCGAGGGGUCCUGUGAGCCCUCCCUGUGCCAGCGCUCCUGGAGCUGGGAAACUCCGACCCCUUGCAUCAAGGGGGAGGUGAGAACAGAGAGAACCACUGAACCACUUCCACUGCUGCCUUGAGCUGUGUCCCUGGCCUGGGGCACAGCAGCUCCUGGUGCUUUUUCAUGGAUUUGAAGUGGAGCCUUUUGUUGCCCUUUUGUCCACGUUGGGUUUGUGUGUCCUGUGCUCCUGCGGUUCCCAGGGGCUGUUCCUGCUCACCCUCCCCUUGGUGUUACCUGCCUUGGGUGGUGGGCAGUGCUGAGGGGGCUGAGCUGCUGCCAUGGAACAGCCUGUGUGGCCUUUGGUGACUGAGGAAAGGAAGGAGGUCAGUCUGUCAGUCUGUCUGUCUGUCUGAUUCCACACAGACUUCAGCAGCUCCCUGGAGUUUGGGGAGAGAGCACAGUCAGACCUGGCUGAGCUGUGGAACCAAACCCUGUUCUGUGCCCCCUCAGUGAUCUCCCCAGCCCCCCUUGCUUUAGUCCUCAGUUUUAAAUAUUCCCUGUGAAGCUGCUGUGAGCCUGGAGAGCUUUGAGCAUUCCUCGUGUGACAAUUCCAGCUGUUGUGCAGGAAUUACAGAGUUGCAGUGCUCUGCUACUGCCCAGUCUUGUCCUGGCCUGGCUGCUCCUGGGGCACGAUGAGAUCCUAUGUUUUUUAAUUCUGAAAUGUUUGUUUUGGGCAAAACUGUGCAACUGACUCUGUCAUUAAAUGCUCAUUUGUAACAAAUUG